AUGGACAACUAUAGUCCUUCUCAUCGUCACAAACUUCAUAGCGUAGGGCUCAUCAUCGCAAAAAAUCCAAAUCCCUCUGAUCUAGCAGCUAAAUAUUACAGAUCAACAUGUUACUGUCUCGGACCUCUUCUCGUCGCUCCUAUAAGUGAAUUAUACGGACAUGUGACUGUACUAUAUCCUGGACACAUUGGCUUUAUGCUAGCUCUAGCUGUUUGUGGUUCGAGCAGAAGUCUUCCUUUAUUUGUAGUGUUCCGUGCUAUCAUGGGGCUUGCGGCUAUCACGUUCGUACUCAUGGGUCCUGCAAUCGUGGCAGAUCUUAUUCCCAGGGAACAAAGAGGAUUGGCAUUGAGUAUUAUGUCUACCGGGCCUGUCGUGGGUCCAACUAUUGGUCCUGUCAUCGGUGGUUAUAUCGUGGAAAACAUCAGUUGGACAUGGAUCUUCUACUCAACGUUGAUUGCUUUUGGUGUUCUGUUCUUUCUAUCUCUUGUCAUUCUUAGAGAAACGUAUGCACCAGUAGUCUUGAAUCGAAAGCAAAAUAAAGGGGGAACAGGCCUACCCGCAAGUCAAAAUAUCACAGCCCUCAAAACUCCUCGAGAAACUCUGCAAGCAGCCUGGACCCGUCCCUUCAAAUUUCUCUUCCUCUCACCUAUCGUUCCCUUUGUAGGCUUCUACAGUGCUCUAAGCAACGCCUACGGAAUGGUAUGUUUCGCGACCCUCGGCACCGUAUUUCAAAACAACUACUCCUUUACACCCGGCCAAAGCGGUCUAGCAUAUCUCGGUCUCAUGUUUGGCUUCCUCUUCUGCCAACUAACCCUUGCUCAAAUUUCCGACCGUUAUAUGCUCAAAAUGGAAGCGAGAAAUAACGACAAGCGCCCGGAAUAUCGUCUGCCACCCAUGUUCAUCGGUGCAUUUCUCCUCCCCGUCGGAUUUUUCUGGUACGGAUGGUCUCUUGAAUAUCACACCCAUUGGAUCGUCCCAGUUCUCGGAAGUUCGGUUAUUGCUAUCGGUAUUCUAUUUAGCUAUCUGCCAGUACAGAUGUAUCUUGUAGAUACAUAUACUAUCUAUGCUGCGAGCGCUACUGGAGCAUGCACCAUCAUCCGUUCGAUCUGUUCAACUUUGAUCCCGUUGAGUGCUAAUCCCUUAUAUGAUCGUUUAGGGUAUGGGUGGGGUAACAGUGUCUUGGCGUUCAUUGCAAUAGGAUUCGUGCCAAUUGCUUUGCUAGUGUUGAGAUAUGGGGAGAGAAUUAGAACGAAUCCACGCUUUCAACCGAAGCUCUGA